AUGAUGUCAAGACGAAUGUUGUCGAAGGAGGAAGAAGGCGAAGAGACCGAAGUCCGCCGCGAAGACCAGGAUAAAAUCAAUCGUUUCAGCACACUGCAUCAGAAAGAGAAGCUUUUGCAAGCAGAGCUCAAGACUAAGGAGAAGGAGAAGGAGGAUUUAGAAGAAGUCUCGUCAGAACUCGAGCUUGCUGACGAAGACGAGAAGGUCUCAUACAAGAUCGGAGACUCGUUCUUUCUACUACCUUUGCCCGAAGUUCAGGAAUUGCUAGCGACUUCGAUCGAAAAGAUCGAUGGGGACGUGACGGCUGUUGAGGAGAAGUUGAGCGAGCUCAGGGAUGAGAUGCAGCAGUUGAAGACAGCACUUUACGGACGCUUCGGCCGCAGCAUCAAUCUCGAGGCAUAA